UAAUUGGCUCCUCCGCUUUCCGGCCGUAAAAGACUCGCGGUGACAACUUCCGCUUCCGGUUGGCUCCGGCUGGAGUGUUGAGUGUCCUGAGAGUUCAGAUUGCUGUCAGGGAAAGCGGGCCUGCAGUUUUCCAGUGCUAGAGCCGAUCCCCUGAGUGGUGAUUGGUCACCACUAAACUCAGAAGUUCAUUUGAGACGUAGGCAUGGCCCCUGGACAUGGGCACGGGCAUGAACACGGUCAUAGUCAUGGAAAAAUGGAACUUCCAGAUUAUAGACAAUGGAAGAUAGAAGGGACACCAUUAGAAAUUGUCCAGGAGAAGCUGGCAGCACGGGGGCUGAGGGAUCCAUGGGGCCGCAAUGAAGCCUGGAGAUACAUGGGUGACUUUGCACACAAUGUUUCCUUUAUUGGUGCGUUACUGAAAGGAUUCAAAUGGGGAUUUGCUGCAUUUGUGGUAGCUGUGGGGGCUGAAUAUUACCUGGAGUCCCAGAAGAAAGACAAGAAGCAUCACUGAAGGUAGUGCCUGAAAGUCUCUUGUUGGCUUCCUAACUCGUAUAAAUAUAAGAUUCUUCACUGUAGCCCACUUGUAUGUAUGUUUAUCCCCUAAAGAAUACUGAUAAGAUUUAAUAAAGUAAGAAAAAUGUA